AUGUUUAGAAGAGUACCCCCACUGAAAAGAAUAAAUAAAGCAUCAUCCAACAUUUCUACUCUUGGCUCUAGUAUUGUUAACGCGAUUAACCACUCUAAGAGCACAACCCCGUUGCUCUCAAACUAUUAUUCCACUAUUGCCGCCAAUGAAAACAAUUCAUCUACAUUACCGGUCAAAUCCACAGAUAUCUUAAUUGUUGGUGGUGGUCCAGCUGGUCUAACUCUAGCAGCAGCCAUUAAACUAUCUCCAAACUUAAAACAUUUCAAAACCACACUAGUAGAUGCUGGUAAUUUGUCUGAGAAUUUGCCAAAAUUCCAUAACCUAUCAUCUUCAGCAUAUAUGACCAAUAGAGUAGUUAGCAUCACCCCACAAAAUAUGGAUUUUUUAACUGGCGAUUUGAAUUUACCCUUGCAGUUUAAUAGAAUCCAGCCAUUUGAUGGCAUUUAUGUCAGCGAUGGUUUAAACGAUACCAGUAGAAUGGCUAUGGACAGAGAAUCCAUGGGUAAUAUGGUCGAAUUACUAAACAUCCAAAGCAGUGCUUAUAUGAAACUAUUGGAAUUGAAUGCCAAUAACAAUACUAACCCCAUCGAAAUUGCGGAUAAUUGUAAAGUUGUAGACAUUGUUAAACCUUCCACUACUAAUGCUACUGCCAAUGGCGUUGAAAACACUAACCCUUGGCCGUAUGUCAAAUUAGACAACGGAGAAACUUACAAGACGAGAUUAUUGAUUGGUUGCGAUGGGUUUCAAUCACCGGUUAGAAAAUAUGCUGGUAUCGAAACGCGUGGCUGGUUUUAUAACGAAUGGGGUGUUGUAGCAACAAUGAAGCUAGAAUAUCCACCGUUUAAUCAUAUUAGAGGUUGGCAAAGGUUUUUACCUACAGGUCCUAUUGCUCACUUGCCCUUGCCUGGUGAUUGGGCUACAUUAGUUUGGAGUACAACACCCGAACUAAGUAAGCUUUUGGUUUCUUUACCUUCUAAUGUAUUUUCUAAGUUGGUCAACGCUGCAUUUAUUUUAGAAGAUGGUGAUAUGCAGUAUUACUAUCGCAAAUUGUCUGAUGCUGCUGUUGAUAAAAGAAUUUUUGAUGAAAUAAUUGAAGACAUAGAUUAUCGUAUUGAGGUGAAAUCGCAGCAGUUAAUCAACAAGAACAAUUCUGACAUGUAUUAUGUAGAUGAGAAUUAUCCACCUCCGAUCAAGGACACACUAGAGAAGAGUCGUGCCAGAUUUCCAAUGAAAAUGUUUCAUGCAGAUACAUAUGUUGCACCAAGAGUUUGUUUAGUAGGUGAUGCAGCCCAUGCUACGCAUCCGUUGGCUGGCCAAGGUUUAAACAUGGGAUUAGGUGAUUCCAAAAGCCUAGUUUCUGUUUUGGAAAAAGCUAGUUCCCGCGGGUUAGAUAUUGGUUCUGUUGAUUUAUGCUUAAAUGAUUAUUGGAAAGAUAGAUAUGGUACUAAUAUGAUGUUAUUGGGGGUUGUUGAUAAAUUGCAUAAGUUGUAUGGUACAAGAAAUGAGGUUGUGGUUGGACUAAGACAAUGGGGCUUGAAUGUUGUCAACAAUCUAGGCGAUGUCAAGGAAUUCAUGAUGAAUGUUGUCAGUGGGAGAAAAUGA